GGGGAGGCCUCAGUCUGCAGCGGAAGUGGGCCCGGCCGGGCGGGGCCGGGCAGGCUCUGCGCGGAGUUCCUCCUCGGCGGGAGGCGAGGUCCGAACCAGCGGGCGGCCGGGGACGGGAGGCCGAGGACGGAGGCCAGCGCAGCCCGCAGGUCGGCGUGAGGCGGCAGAUCUCGGGGAAGACCUGGGAGCCGGUGAAUUUCCAGUCGCCUCUGGGUUGGUGGCCGACACCAGGAGUGUGCAGCGAGGACCACAAUGUCCAACCCCUUCCUGAAGCAGGUCUUCAACAAGGACAAGACCUUCCGCCCCAAGCGCAAGUUCGAGCCAGGCACCCAGCGGUUUGAGCUGCACAAGAAGGCACAGGCCUCGCUGAACGCGGGGCUGGACCUGAAGCUGGCGGUGCAGCUGCCCUCCGGCGAGGAGCUCAACGACUGGGUGGCGGUGCACGUGGUGGACUUCUUCAACCGCGUCAACCUCAUCUACGGCACCAUCAGCGACGGCUGCACCGAGCAGUCCUGCCCCGUCAUGUCGGGAGGCCCCAAGUACGAGUACCGCUGGCAGGACGAGCACAAGUUCCGCAAGCCCACGGCGCUGUCCGCCCCGCGGUACAUGGACCUGCUCAUGGACUGGAUCGAGGUGCAGAUCAACAACGAGGACAUCUUUCCCACCAACGUUGGCACGCCGUUCCCCAAGAACUUCCUGCAGGUGGUGAAGAAGAUCCUGUCCAGGCUGUUCCGCGUGUUCGUGCACGUCUACAUCCACCACUUCGACCGCAUCGCCCAGAUGGGCUCCGAGGCGCACGUCAACACCUGCUACAAGCACUUCUACUACUUCGUCAAGGAGUUCGGGCUCAUCGACACCAAGGAGCUGGAGCCGCUGAAAGAAAUGACCGCCCGGAUGUGCCACUGAGAGUGCUGGGGCACGUGGACCGGAGGGCCCUUCCCGGAACUUGGACCCUGGCCGCUCGGCGACCUCCACAGCUGUCAGUGGGGACCUCUGGCCCCAGUGCCGCUCUGGACACCGGGGCUGCGUCCUCUGAUUCUGAGACGCCCGCAGCUGUGGCCCGUGCACCACGCGCCCGCCCCCGGGCCCCACGGGGAGCUGGGCCUGAACUCCUGUAUGUGAUUCUGUUUGCUGUGAGCAACUGGGAAACCCACUUUAUCUGCCUGGAGGCCGGGACUCUGCCUGCCCUUCGCAGGCCUGUCCCGAAUGCCCCUAGCCUGCUCGCCCAGGAGAGGACAGACUGUCGGCAAAACAGGACCCACCUCUGCUGGGCUUCAAGCCUCAGUUCCCUCGCAUGCCUCCUGAGCCCGUGUCUGUGUCAUGAGAGGUACGACGUGCCCUGGCUCCCCCCUUCCUCAGUCCCUCUGUCCCUCCGGGCAUCCAAAACGUCUGCUCAUCCGCCGGGGUUUCCCGACCCCACGUCUGCACCCCAGGUUUCACAUAUCAUAAAAGAUCAAGUUUCUGUUUAUUUUUAUAUUUUUGUUAAUACUCACCCGAGGAUAUUUUUCCCAUUGAUUUUUUUAGAGAGAGUGAAAGGGAGGGAGGGAG